UUUAGACUGAUAGUUUAGCUUUCAAAUAGCUACAGUGGCAAGAUAUUCUCUACAGCGGUUGGGUAUUAAAAGCAUGAUCUGUAUAAAUCAUGAUGUCUUUACGAAAAGUAUUUACCUGCUUACAGAUUGAUUCUACUUUUUGCUUUUAUGUCACACCUAAUUGUUUCUGACCAUCAAACUGGUUUAAGAUAACGUGUGUAAAAACAAAAGGUUUUCAGUUGACUCAAUGUAUUGACCGUGUGUCAAUACAUUGAGUAACCCAAUAAGGAACUUAAAAGGCAUUUCUGAUAACUAAAUUAAUGGUUACGUGAAACAGUGAAAGUUGUAGUCUGCCACUACCAUCUUUGCUGCUCUGACGUCCUUUUCUGCAGCAGCUGUUUUUGUUUUACUCUGCUUGCAACAGAAAAGGAUGCACAGCUUUCAAAAUGUUUCGCUUUUUUUUUUUUUUUUUGUCUCUUUACAAAAUGUUAUUUCAGAGUACUUGAAGAUGUUGCUUUGGGAAAACCGUGACAGGCCUUUUUGUUCUUUUCCGUGAACAGCGGGUUUUGACCUUGAAAGUUUCCCAUGGAUUGAAAUUUUUGCCCGGUUGAAGUUAUUUAACCUCGACGGAGACGAGCGAGACAUUUGUAACCUUUUCCAGGCUGGUGUCAGUGAGUUUGUUUCUUGUCUGUACUUGAAUUUGGGACAUGAGUUGUUGCUUUUUAGAUCUUUUAUCCUACUUCAUUGCGUCAGUUAGGUUAUAUUUUAUUGAUUUUGUAGCUUGUAUUGAUUUCUUGAUUCUACAGGUCUCCAUAUUAUUCAACCCUGGGCAAUGAAAGUGAACUCUGCUGUCCAGAAAAAUGCAGUCGAUCAUGGUGAUGCUGUGUGAAGGGAGACUGCUGAGCAUGACCUACGGUGAGAUGGAGGAGAUGGACUCGCUGCCUCCUCCUCAGACUUUCCAUCGUGCUGGUGGGCGACCUAGAACCUCCCUAACACCCAGCACCUCUGACCCCUCUUCGCUCAUUUCCUACAACUCCUUGAAGGAAACGGGAGACACAGAGAGCCUGAGGGCUUCAGUCGACCUGUACAUCUCUCCCCUUUCAACCUCAUCAUAUCUCCAGGGAGUCUAUAUGGGGAGUCAAAUAUCUGCAGACAUGAAAAUUCCUGCCCAAACUCACCGUGAUGGGGGUGACACUGCCCUCUUGGUUCCCUCUUUCUGCCAGACCAUCUAUGAAAACUACAGCGACCUCCAUAUCGGAGGGGAGCAGGUGCUGCCUCUGUCAGCCAACGACACCGAUUUGAGGGUAUGUGCUGAAGCGCAGGCUGUGAGGCCUUUCCUACAGUCCUGCGAUGUCCCACUGGCGGUGGAGGACUCUCCUCCAGGAGAGCGAGGUCUGCCCAACCUGCUCAGGAGGGGAUCCAACCACUGGAGACAGGCGAGCGGCCGCGAUCGCAGCUUUUUGUUCCAGAGUCACGAGGGUCCCUUCUCCAAUUCCCUUCUGAAUCAUUACCUGGAGCAGAAGCUCUUGGAUCUGUACCAGCAGUACAUGAUGGAGAACAUGGCGAGGGAGGGAGUUCCCGGUCCAGAUGACGGUGCCAUUUGCCCACUGCUGGGUUCAGAGCUUGUUCUGUCCAGCAUUGACCAGAUCACCCAACAGCUCAGCCGGGAGGGCAACCUGGAGGCCGGCCUGGCCAAGGACAUGGUUCUGAGCUGCUUGCUGAGGGUGGCCAGCGACCUGCAGUCGGGUGAGAUCAGCACGCCUUGCCUGCAGAUUUCAACCGAGGCCUCCGGGGAGCAGCUCACAGAGAGUGCACAAGAAUAACCACAAAGCUUAAAAGCUCACUUUCUGUUCUCCUUUACAACUAAGUUUGAUUAUUGCUGUUCUGGAGAGUGAAAACCUAGAAUAGAUGUCGAUAAGCAGCUUUCCAUGUGUUGCUUUUGUCUUUCUGUCAAUAAAUCUAAAAUGAAAACUAAAACUGGAGUUUCCCCUUUAAUCGAACUGAUCAACACAGCAUAUACACCCCACCUUCAAUUAAAGCUGCAACUGUUUAAUAUAAUCAAACUGUAAAACGAUGCAAUGUGAGGUGAAGUAAAGCUAAACAUAGCCUCCACCCUCAUGUCCAACUAAUUACUUAAAGCCAUGUAUUCAGUUGUCUGAUCACUAAAUAGCAAGUGUUGCACAGCCUUGCUUCAACUGGCCUUCGCUCUUUGAAACAAUGAGCGGCAUUGAAAAAAACUGUGCAUUAUUUACAUUUUGUAAAAAAACUUGCAAUUAGGCAUAAAACUUUAACAAACAGAAAAAUGAAAGAAACAAGUUACUGGGCCUCAAAGGCAUCUUGUGCAUAUGCGUCAGCAUGAAUUGCCAUGCAUCAAACAUAAUAACAUUACUAUAAUAUCACAACAAAAGUGUUGAAAAGGUAUUCAUGAUAAAAUAAAUGUUUCCAUAAGUAUAUGCAGUUAAACCCCUGACUAUUUGUGAUUUAGUAUUUGUGGAUUUUGUGGAUUCAAGUAUUUUUCAGUGAUGUGUUAAUCAAAAUUUUAGAAAUCCACCUAUUCAAGGAUUUUUCCAGAGCACAUUGAAAAUAUUCAAAAGGAAAGGCAAAUUAUUAAGCAGAAAUGCCUAGGCCCAAAGCUACUUGACAUGCUUUCACCUGGAGUUUGCAAAGUUGCCAAUCCAGAAGUGCCAAUAUUUUCUUUGGGGCUGAUUGGCUGUACAUCUGAGAGUGGUGCCAAGACGGUUUCCACGUGUUUGAACUUCCAAAAUAGGAAGUUAUAAGGGCUUUUAGAUCAGGGGUCUAAAGUAUUCACCGAUUUAUUCAGUGGCGGUUGUGGUCCCUACGCCUUGCAAACACUGGUGGUCCACUGGAUAUUCUUUUUUUUUUUUGCCUAACGAUUGUUUUUAUGAGUUUGAUUGCAUCCAUUAUCUUUUGCUCAAUAAAGACUCAGGUUGCAGAGGCAGAUUAAGCAGAGAGGCCCAGACUUCCCUCCCUCUCUCUCACUUGGGGCAGUUCCUGUGGGGGAACCCCAAAGCGUUCCCUGGCCAGGUGGGAAACAUAAUCCUGCUCUGGUUCAGCCUCUGGGUCUCGUAUUGGUGGGAUGUGCCAGGAACACCAUGGAGGCGUCCAGGAAGCAUCUUAACUGCACUGUAUUUUCUUACAAGAUAAAUCUGAUGGUUUGAUGAUGAAGUGUAUGAUACAGCUCUGAUAAAAAAAAUUAUAAAUACUAAUUAUUGGAAUCAAUAUUCUCUUGUGACUGAGGAUACAGCAAGUAAGUUGAUUUAAAAAAAAAAACAUGAAUUGGCUGCUCAAGUUUGCAUUUAUUGUAGAUUUUCCAAAUUCACAUAGAUACAAAUAUACGCAUACAGGCUAAUAAUAAACUCACUGCCCCACAAAUAUUGAGAUAAAUGUGCAAUGGCAAGUUGCUCAGAAACAACAAAUUUUCUGUAAUCAACAAGGUCCUGGUACUGUUUAUUUUUUGUUUUAAUAGAUAUUCUACUCCUCUUAUCAUGGUAAUGCACAUUUAAAUAUUUUGGUUUUCUGGCACAACAAAGAGAUAUAAAUAAAGACUAAAAGUUAAUACAAAAAGAAAAAAAACCCUGUUUAUCUAUAAAUACCUUCAAAGUUGACCAAAUGUGCUGCUUUCCAUAUAGACAAGCCAAAUGCCUCCCAGAAAACAUUUUUAUGGUCAGAUGAAACAAAGAUUAACCACAACAACAAGCAGAAAGUUUGGGUCAAGGUUAGGUUUCCAAACCAAGAGCACUGAUCUGAACUGCUGAUUAAAGAAACGAUGAAAUCCAAAUGGGGGAUAUUUUAUUUUAAAUAUUUUACGUAUUUUUUUUAUUUAUCUUUGCUUGAUUUCUGGCUGGUUCGUUUGGAAAUUGCCUAAAUAAAAGUCGUGAUAAUUUUAAAAGGAAAAAAAUAACAGCUUUGUGGAGGAUUAUUCACUUUUUAUAAACAUUAAAACAAAAAGUUGGCCAAUGCACAACCAGUCUAAUGUUUUGUUUGAACAGAUUAUUUAUUUUUAUGCACAGCUUUAAAAAAAUCAGUAAUUUCAGCUGCGAGGUAAGUAAAACGUUUGAGCGAUAGCUCAUCAAGAACAUCACUAUUUGCUCGAGUUGUGCUAAAAAUACUAUCUGAUCCACAGUGUGUGAUUCAGUUCUGACAUUAUUAUGCUUUUUCAUGGAGUCAGGACUCAAAAAUAUUGUUGAAAUGUAUCACUUUACCCCUCUAUAUCCAUUUGUGUGUGUAUGACUGUCUACCUAGAUUAAGAAAGUUUACCAAACAUUUUUUCAGAGCUUUCUCAUUUUCCAUAAACUUUGAAUCACUCAUGACUUCCCAGUAAACUCUGCAGUUUAGUAAACAGUCACAAGGGGGGAGCAUUAUCACCUUACUUAUUAAGCCUCAUGACUAUGACAAACACCCUCUGCUUCUUCUUUUAUUCCUCCUCCUCUAUCAGCUGCCAUCCAUUCAUCCGGUUAAUGCUCCUUAUCUUCUGUCGGCGUCUACUCAGAGACUAUGAUGUCAUCCGGGCCGGGCAGUAAAUCUGGAGCAUGCAGGCAGUCAGGAUCUGCCAGAGUUUUACAGUGUUUGUGAUACUGGCAUACAUUUGAGAUUGGCAAUAUCUAAGGCGUGGGAACAUAUCUGGGGAAAACGUUGCACAAAUUGCACAAAUGAGACUCUCAGCGGGGGCCGCAAGCCAGCACAUCUGCGCGUUAAAAGUGACAUUUACUCCUCCCAACUCUGUUUAAAGUGCUUUUGAGGGACUUGCAACCCUAUUCCAACUCGGUUUGGCCGUGGCCUUCUGGAGUCGGUGUUUGAUCAGCUUCCUUGUUUCCUGUCCAAACAAAAAGCCCGCGGGAGGAAACUCUGUUUACCGAGCCGAGCCGUGUGAAGUCUCAAGGCUGCAAAGACACAUGUUUGGUAUUUCUGCUUCCAUCCGGAUUGAGCAUUCCAGGUAAAUGUUAAAAAGAGCCGGGUCCUUACAGAUCUAAACACAAAUGUUCAGAUAUAAAUAUGAUUCACCCAAUGCCAAACCGAGCACAUUCAAAUAAACUGAUUUCCGCAGACCUUGGGCAAAUGAAAAGCAGACAGGCUGUUUACCAGAAUUGUUUAAAAGGGCUGAAGGUAACGCUGCAUGCACCAGAGUUUCUCCCUGCAUUUAUUCACGAAACCCCAACCUCAGUGUUGGCAAAUGAAGCAAAUUCUAUUCAAAGGAGUUUCAUUCUCAACAAGUUGUUUAUGUAAACUAAACAAAGGUCAAGGGCAAAGGUCUGAAAUGAUUAGCAUUUUAGUAACUGUUCUUUCAAAUAAUAAAAACCCUUCGCCAAGUGGCAAAGGAGAGGCUGUGACAGAAGAGCAGGGACAGAGACUGAAAAUAUAAAAAGCAAGGUGGAAUGAUCCAUAGACAAAAAAAAAUCUCUCUAAUCAUCUUAGCAGUGAAACUAGAAGGGAGGCCAAAACACUGGAGUGUCUUUCAUCGGUUCAUAAAGCAAUUUCCUCGUCACAAAGACUUUUUAACACAGAGGGCAGCGGAGGCAAGGCCGCAAGAUUUUACAUCAAAACCAAGGCCUGGAUACACUCUCACUAUUGUGACUUUAAUUCAGGUACAACUCUGUGAUUUGAUUUAAAUUAGAAAAGCUUUUACUCUGUAGGCUUGAUCAUGCGUUCUGACUGUGAAAACAGAAAAACCCUGACAGAUUUCAGACCUGAUCUUUUACACUUCUUACAUUAUUAGGCAUUAAUACAUGCAAAUGUGUGUAUCAAUGUUUAAUGUCUUUAGAAAAGAUGGAAAUGUGCAAGCCUUACUCAUUCAAAAAACACUUCCCUCUAGGCCACAUUUCGCAGGCUCUAAGCCACUUGAUGGGAUUUACAUUUGCUCAGAAGCUGUCGCUUUUCUCCUGUUUUCCAUGCCUGGCCUUGAGUGAACGUCCUUUGUUUUCAGAUUAAAUCUACUAGAGUGACCUAAUGUCCCAGUGGCAGCGCGCCGGAACAUUUAACGACAUCCCCGUUCUGUAUCUUACUGAUUGACACUAAGACACAUAGGUGGUGGAACAGGAGAACGCACAUUUCCCGGUCAGUUAGCCUCUCAAGGUUGCAGGGAGCCUGCAGCGGAGCGGCUGACCUUGGUGCAGCCGGAGCAGACGGAGAGAGACCUUGAGAGACAGCGGAGCGGCAGGAUCUGGGCUCUCAAGGAGCUGGGAAACAUAAUGUGUUCGUGUUUGACUAUAUAUCACAGCACACUGCAGCCAUAUGAAUGCGGAUGGCAACAGGAUGGGAAAAAAUAUAUAAAUUUUAUUCACAUGGACCUUACUGAACAAAAACCCCUUGCAAAACAAAUAUAAAAAAUUACAUAUUUUAGUAAAAGAAGCAUAUAGUUUUCAACUGCAAAGUUUGAGUUGAUUUUUAUUAUUUUAUCUCAUUUAAUUUUCUGCAAAGACCCUAUGCAAAUUAUAUUGAAACAAAAUAUUGAAGGUGACAGUACAAAAACAAAACAACAACAAAGAAACCAGAGAGCUAUAUAUACACUGAGGAAUACGUGAUGAGUGAAAUUGGACGCAGGUGAGGAAAUCAGGUGAUUGGGAAAAUCUCAGUAAUUGAAGAAACAGGCAGGCUGCAGAUGAAAACAGGCAGAAAAAUGAAACAUAAACACUUAAAGGCUCAAACUAGAAUCAAAUAGAACAAAAUCUAAAAGCAAAAGAACUGAACAUAAAAAAUAAACGAGGGAACAGAAUACAAAAGAACUAACAUAUGUGGGAAGAUCUUAAAAGUUACAAUCAUGAACUGAAUGGUUAGAACUGAUGAUAGAAACAUAAAUGAAGCCCAAAGCUCAAACAAUCACAGGUACUAAAACAUUUUGGUUUGAUUUCCAACAUAAAGCAUCUGGAAUACCUUUGGCCUCCUGUAAUUUUGUGCACUUUACACAUUUACAGUCAAAUUGUUUUGUCGUUUUGAACAAUGUCUGGUGCAACUCAUUUAAAGAAGGAAGGACGGUCGGAGUUAGUGCUAGAUUGAAGUUGAAGGAUAUGACUACAUUUUACAGUUUGAAUGCAUUUAUCUGUGAAAGAACAUAAAGUUUAUUGCUGAUUUUUUUUCCCCAGAAAUUAUGAGUUGUUCUUUUCAUUCAAGAUGAUCACAAAAAGCUCAAUAUUUCAUAAGCAGUAGAGACGUAAGUAGCAAAAGAACUCAGCACAAACUACAUAACCAGGUAAAUAAAAUAUGAAAAGUAAGAACAAGAUACUUAAGUUUUCCACCGUUACGUCAGCAGCAAAUAUAUUUCUGUGAAAAUGGAAUGUUGGCUUUUGCGUUUGUUUUGCACGUAAUAAUGUGUCAAGAUUUGUUGUGUUGCUCAAUCACGUCAAUUUACUCAGUCUCACCAAUUCUUCAACUAUUCUCUCCAACCCCUGUGAAAUUCCUCAGAAAGCAGCAGACAAUGAACCACGCUGAUUGGAAUAAAAACUAAUUCUCCACUGUGUGAAGUUCUGCACUCUGGUUAACAAUACAACACUCCACAAAAAAAGUUAUUCAAAGAGAAAGACAGCAAAGAGAAGCUGGGAUUUGAGAUUCAAAAGUAUCAGAGUAAUUUUUUCCCCCCUUUGUUUGGUUAAUUAGAUCUAGUUUAAAUCAAUGAAGGAACACAAGGUCUGUUAUUGCUGGUACUUACCUUUUAUUGAGCACCAUAGUUGCCAUGACUCAUUAGGAAGAAAAGCCUUGUCUCCUAAUUGUAUUAUGUGCGCAGUCCAUAUAAACAGUUUUUAUUUACCUGAUUU